AUGUUAUUUAAUAUUUCUUCUAUAAGUUUUUUAUUAUACAUGUAGUCCUCUUUACUAAGCAAGUAGGGGUUUUUAUUAUUAUUUAGCUUAUUUUUAGUUUCCUUGUUUUUCAUAUAUUAUUGUAUGUCAUUAAAAACCAAAUUACUCUACUCAUUAUUUUUAUCAAAUAUAUUUUUAACAAAUUAUUUAAAUUCUUCAGCUUUUAAAGGUGAAAAAUCUUUGUUAAUGACUUCGUAUCUCUAAAUUAAGUUUUCUAUAGCUGAAGAAUCAGAUUUAGCAUCAUCAUCUUAUUUCUUUAAAUUAAGAUUUUAUUAAAAUAAUUUGUUUUGA